AAAUAAGAAAAAACAGAGAUUGUCUUCGUCAUUCGGGUUUCCUGUCAAUCCUCAAACCCAACAAAAAAAAUAAGAAAGCACCGAAAUUGGUCCCAUUUUGCGAGGCGGUGCGGGGAGCCGAUGAAUACGACGCCGUACAUGGACAAGCAGAUAAUGGAUCUGUCGCAGGGAUCUGCUGCGACGCAGAGCAAGGACUUCAUCGACCUGAUGAACCAUCCGGAGGAGGAGGAAGAGGAGGUCGACCAUCAUCACGGCCACACGCAUCAAAUUGGCGGUGUCAACAAGAAUGGGAUUAAUCAGAAGGAGGAGAUCGUGGCCAGCUACGAUUUCCAGCCGAUUCGCCCUCUUUAUCAGCCCCCCAAUUUCGAUGCCUCUCCCAAUCUCCAGGCUCGGGCAUGGAGCUCCGGUUCCGAUUCCAAGCCCACCACCACCACCACCACCACACCUAUUAGAAAUUAUGGUUCCUUGGACUCCAUUGAACCUGCAAAAGUCAUUCUGGAUAAGGAUCUAAAUGUCUUUGAUGCUACAAUUGUGUCUGAGAUUGAUCAAACAAUGAAGAAACAUGCGGAUAAUUUGCUACAUGUGUUGGAAGGUGUUAGCGCACGGCUAACUCAGCUGGAAAGCAGAACCCGAAACCUUGAGAAUUCUGUGGAUGAUUUUAAGGUAUCUGUUGGAAACAACCAUGGAAGCACUGAUGGAAAAAUGCGGCAGUUGGAGAAUAUUGUUAGAGAGGUGCUAGCAGGGGUACAGGUUUUAAAGGAUAAACAAUUAAUAGUUGAUGGUCAACUAGAGCUUGCGAAGCUACAAUUGUCCAAGGUAGACCAUCAACCAGAAACCCAGCAUGGUAUGCAAGUUGAUUCUGUGCAGCAGGCUGCAUCUGCUCCUCAGCAGUCCCACCACCAGCUUCCUCCUGUUAAUAUUCCACAAUCACUCCCAGCGCUUCCUCCCCCUAAUGCUCCUCCCCAACCUUCUCUCCAUCAGAAUCUUCCACCUUCAGUUCAACUUCCUCCUCAACUCCUUCAGAACCAGAUCCCUUCUAUUCCUCAGCGUGAGCCUUACUUCCCACCACCCGGUCAAACUCCAGAAGUCCCAAGUCAGCAAUAUCAAUCAUCUCUAAGUCAACAGGCACAUCCUCCUCCUGCAGCACCGCCACCACAUCAACAAUUUCAACAGGCCCCUCAACCACAGUUCUCCCAGCCACCAUCCCAGCCGCCUCAACAGCACCCAUCCCUUUCAGCUGUUAAUCCCACUCAACUCCAACCUUCAUUAGGCCACCAUGCUGAAGAAACACCCUAUGCUCCUCAGAACUACCCACCAAUCCUUCGCCAGCCCCCACCUCAGCAGCCACCCAGUGGACCCCCUCCCCCGCAACAGUUUUAUGGGGCACCUUCUCACAUGUAUGAGCCACCAUCUGGUAGAUCGAGUUCAGGUUUUCCUGCUGGAUAUGGCCCACCAUCCGGGCCCAGUGAACCAUACCAUUAUGGUGUAUCUCCUCAAUAUGGUAGUUCUUCUGCAGUAAAACCACAACUCUCUUCUCCUGCUGGGGCACAGAGUGGUGGAAGUGGUUACCCACAGCUCCCAACCGCUCGGGUGCUACCGCAGGCCUUGCCUACUGCUUCUGGGGUUGGUGGUGGUUCAGGUUCUGCGGGAACAGGGAGCAGGGUUCCCAUUGAUGAUGUGAUUGACAAAGUGACCCAUAUGGGAUUCCCUAGAGACCACGUGAGGGCAACAGUUCGAAAGCUGACAGAAAACGGCCAGUCGGUUGACCUGAAUGUAGUGCUGGAUAAGUUGAUGAAUGAUGGGGAACUCCAGCCCCCAAGAGGAGGUUGGUUUGGUCGGUAGUUAGGUGGUUACCUAUCUUCUUUUUGUCUUCCCCCCUCCCCCCUUUCUUUUCUUGUUUGCUCUGGUGUGCGAGUCCAUGUCUUAAAAUUCCAUUUGUGUAUACCGACAAUAAUUGAAAGUGGAUUAAUGAGUUUUUAAUAUCUAAA